AGGGUGUUUGGUUAUUUUUUAAAUCCUUGUGCAUAGGUUUAUGAUCUGCUGUGAUCGCUGUGAGGAGUGGUUUCAUGGCAACUGCGUUGGCAUCUCUGAGGCACGUGGCCGACUGAUGGAGAGAAAUGGAGAGGACUAUGUCUGUCCAAACUGCUACACACAGAAGGGACAGUUUUCCAAGGCUGGUUCCUCCACAGCAGCUGCAGAGAAUGGCAAACGGCCAGCAGCUGGCCUUCGUAAAAGUGAGACUGGUCUUGCUACACCAUCUAGCACUGCUGCAGCCACCACAGAGGAGAAAACUUCUGAUGACCUGGGCAUCAAGGGCAGGAUCGAGAAGGCUACCAAUCCUAGUGGAAAAAAGAAAAUAAAGAUUUUCCAGCCGCAGGUGACUGCAGUCGAAGGAUCUUCCCUCCCAAAGUGCAUCGGCCCUGGCUGUGAGAGAGAUGCGCUCCCUGACUCAGUCUACUGUGGGAAUGACUGCAUACUCAGACAUGCCGCUGCUGCCAUGAAGACCAUCACCACGGAUGGAAAAGGCUCCAAACUGAAAGAGAGGGUCAGGCCCAAGGCGCAGAAAAAGACCUCAAAUAAAUCACCAAAUAAGAGGAGUUCUGGCCCGGAAAGGAGGUCCUCUAACCAAGGGGAAGAGGAGUCAGAAUCUGGGACUGAGGAAUUUGAUGACGAUGAUGAAGACAAGCAUGCAGAGGAGCAUCCGCCGCCACCAGCCAUGUCAUCCUGGUCCAGUGACCAUAAUUACAUUGCAGUAUCGCCAGAAAAGACUACACCCAUAUCAGCAUCUGUGUUAAACAAAACGUCAGCUGCCCAAAAAGACAAAGAAAAGGAGGACAAUGAGGAAGUCAAGCCAGAGAAGGAAACGGCUUCCGCUGACAAGAAACCUCCUGCAUCAAAUAUUGCUCCCAAAGGAGGGAAGAAGUCUCCUGGCUACAAGGGGACGAAGGCAGCUGCUGCCACCUCGCCUCUUCCCAAAGCCAAAGCGACUGCAGCACCUUUGAACAGUGGAAGAGAGUUAAGGAAACAGCCCAUACCCAUACAGGGCAAAUCAAAAAAGCCAGGACCUCCCCCACCACCAAUUCCGGUUUUAUCACCUUCAGGCCUCCCCGGAUCUCGCCACCAUGCCACUGGAGCGCUCCGUGUGGGCAAGAGCACCUUUACUAUCCCAAAAAAGCAGCCACAGGCAGGGCAAAAGGACUCUGCAGAGCCUGGUCCCUCUCCCACCACUAGAACCCCACCUUCACCAGGGUCAUCCAUCCAGCACUCAGCACCUAAACCAACCCAAGCCAUCGCAGCUGCUGCUCCUUCACAGCCACCACCCAACAACCAGAUGAGAUCCAACAUCAGACGAUCACUAACUGAUAUCUUGUAUAAAAGGGUCAGUGACAGUGAUGAUCUCUCAAUGUCUGAGAACGAAGUGGGAAAGUUGGCUGUCGGCAUUGAGAAAGAGAUGUUUAACCUUUAUAUGAACACUGAUAACAAGUACAAGAACAAGUACAGGUCCCUUAUGUUCAAUCUAAAGGACCCCAAAAACAAGGGCCUGUUCUAUCGCGUGGUUCGUGGCGAGAUCAGUCCUUUCAGGCUGGUGAGACUGAGUCCAGAAGAACUUCUUUCCAGGGAGAUGUCAGACUGGAGAAAAUCUGAGAUCUCUGAGAGUCUGGAUAUGAGUGGGAGAUCCCAGUCAGGACAGCCCAAAAGUGGAUCUAGACAGGAGGGUGCUCCCCCAGAUGUGGACAUGGAGGAGGCUCCUCCUCCUAUGUCUGAUGGAGAUGUAUGUAUGCCUGCCACUUCCCAGUCUCCCCACUUGGCUUCUGGUGCUGACUCCCAGGAGGAAGCACGACCUACUUCUGUGUCACAAGCCCCAGUCUCUACUGGGAAAAGCAGUUCAAUGCCAGAUAUCUUUAGUAGUAUGCUGAAAGACACUACAGCAGAGCACAGGGCUCAUCUCUUUGACCUGAACUGCAAGAUCUGUACAGGCCAGAAGUUGGCAGAUGAUGAACCACCAUCUAAAAAAAACAAAAUGUCUGCACCUAAAAAGCCAGAGCACUCUUUUAAGUCUAAAUUAGAGUCAAGACCAUCCAAAUCUCCUGCUGAUCUUCCUCAAGUUUCCUCUCUUUCUGGUCCUGAGACGCCCAUGCCUGAUUCUGCAGCUGUAAUGGAGGAUCCAAGCAGUGUAUUUCCUGUGGUUCAGGCCCCAGUCACUGCUGCUGUACCUGCAGUCUCUUCUGUUACAAUAACUCGAAGGGAUCCUCGUACUGCUGGCCACCGUUCAUCUGUGCCCCAGAUAGUUCCUGAUGUUGUUAUUCCUGCUAUGCCAGCAAAUAUUCCUAUCUCUGUUGAACCAGUGGUUGUAGAAGCAAAGGGUCCUUUGCCUAUGCCCCCUCCUGCCCCAGCAUCUAUACCGAGACCUGUGAUCCCAAAAACGGCCUCUUAUGAAAAGACUCAUGAGCCCCCUCCUGAGGGUGAAACCGCUUUGUUCUUGUCUGGACAAGAGAUGAUGUGGAAAGGAUUCAUAAACAUGCACUCUGUUGCCAAGUUUGUCACGAAAGCCUACUUGGUGUCAGGAUCAUUUGAGCAUAUUAAAGAGGAACUCAGUCUCAUUCGUUUCCAUCCAGCAACUGAAGAGGAGGAGGUGGCGUAUGUGUCUCUGUUUUCUUAUUUCAGUAGCCGUAAGCGGUUUGGAGUAGUGGCAAACAGCAACAAGCGCAUUAAAGACCUUUACCUCAUCCCUCUGAGCUCAAAAGACCCACUUCCUGCUAAGCUUCUGCCAUUUGAUGGACCAGUUGUCAUUAUGUCAGAGCCCCCUCCUGAGGGUGAAACCGCUUUGUUCUUGUCUGGACAAGAGAUGAUGUGGAAAGGAUUCAUAAACAUGCACUCUGUUGCCAAGUUUGUCACGAAAGCCUACUUGGUGUCAGGAUCAUUUGAGCAUAUUAAAGAGGACUUGCCUGAUACUAUUCAUAUUGGUGGUAGAAUAUCACCACACACUGUAUGGGAUUAUGUGGGAAAGUUGAAGACUUCACUGUCAAAAGAACUCAGUCUCAUUCGUUUCCAUCCAGCAACUGAAGAGGAGGAGGUGGCGUAUGUGUCUCUGUUUUCUUAUUUCAGUAGCCGUAAGCGGUUUGGAGUAGUGGCAAACAGCAACAAGCGCAUUAAAGACCUUUACCUCAUCCCUCUGAGCUCAAAAGACCCACUUCCUGCUAAGCUUCUGCCAUUUGAUGGACCAGGGCUGGAACCAGCUCGUCCCAAUCUCCUCCUGGGGUUGUUAAUAUGCCAGAAGGACAAGAAGCGUCCUGGAGCCCCUCUAGAGAAUGAGGAAAAACGUUCUAAAACUCUAAGAGAUGAUGAAACGGGCCUCCCAAAACCAUCCACUACUGGUAAAUCUGAAAUAAAACAGGACAAAGUUCUUCGAUCUAGUCUGGAUGCCAUAAGCACAACUCCCCCAGGCACCCCUCCACCUCUAAGUGCCUCAGAGUCUUCAAGUUCGGUCUCAUCUGUGUUUUCGAUACUGUCCUCUGUGAAAGCACCUGGUGUCAGUACUAGCACAGGCAGCAAUUCUCCAUCCUCCAAUGUCUCAGCAGCAUCUACAGCUUCUUCCACACCACUUCAGACUAUCCUGAAAACACUUUUUGGUCAGAAGAAGCAGGAUUCUGAUGUCUCGUUAUCACCUUCAGAUCAAAGUGCUGUAGAUGUCGCUUUGCCUUCUGUGUCCCUGUUUGAUCCAAUUGUACAGCAGUUUGCAAUAACCAAGGGUAAAGAGGUAGAAGUACAGGAUGAUAGACCGUAUGAUCCUGAGGAAGAAUAUGACCCAGCUGUUGGCUAUGGUACAGAAAAUACCCAUGAUACAACCAAAGUAUCUGCUGCAGUUAAGCAAGCAGAGGUCACCCCUGUGAUGGAUGAUGUAGCUUAUGACCCUGAGGAUGACUCUCUUUUUGAUGAUGUUGGGGUUGAUCCAAGUACUAAGAAAUUAACUGAACAUCAAAAGGUGCUUGAAGAAAAACAGAUUGAGGAACAGAAGCACGAGGAACCAGUUCAUCAACAAAUACCAGAUACUUUGAUUUCUCAGCCUGUUACAUCUCUGUUGGCUAACAGUCAACUGCUGCAGCUUGGUAAAAAGGUUGAAGAGUUGGUGGCAAAGACUUCAGCCGCUCCAGUUAUUAACCAGAGAAGAGACCCAAGGCAGAGUAGAGACCCUAGACAGGCAGUUAUUAGUAGAAGACAGACGUCUGUUUCCACAGAAGCAGAGGAGGAAUCUUCUCUUACCACAGACAAAACCUCUCCAAACCAAGGUACAGUGACAGAAACAUCACCAACACAAGCAUGCACAGUUGCAGACACACAGAUUGCACAGCUAGACUCUACCGAGGAUACAUCAGUAGAGGAACCCUCUGCAACCACAGAUAUGCCCCUGUCACAAGUUACUGCCACCUUAGAUUCAGUGCAGUCUGCCAUCCUGGACCCAGAAGCAUCCAAAUCUGAGGAAAGGGGCGAGAGUGAGGAAGGAAGCGAGAGCGAAGAGGUGCCUUUUCUUGAUACAAAGAGCACAGAAGUUUCUAUUCCGUUACUAGGGGAAAAAAUUGACCCAGAGUUAGUUGAAAGCUACAUUGAAGAGGAACCCAAAACGAAGGGUGACCCUAUUGAAUCUGAGAUCAAAAGUUUUGAGGAGGUUUGGCCAAAUUCUGCCAGUAUUUUAAAAGCUGAUCAAGUUUCAUCCAUUGGGCAUCCUAUUGAGACCACUACAACCACAUAUUAUAACAUUUCAACAAUCAGUACUUCAUCUACAUCUUUACACUCAGGAGUGCCACAAGAUGUCAUCCAAGACAACUCAUCUUAUAUGGAUUCUCACAGUUCCCAUAUACAGCACAUACCAACAACAAACCCUAACAUUACACCUCCAAUGUCUUUUCCACCACCUAUUCUUGGUCCACCUCCCAUGCAAGGCCCACCACCAAUCGCCGUUCCACCACCCAUGCAUCUCCCUCCUUCAAUGUCAGGACCACCUCCAAUGCAGAUUCCCCCAAUGCAAGGUCCACUUCCUCCCCUUGUGGAUAAUGAUCAUUCUCAGUAUCCACCACCUGGAUCGUAUCCACCUUUCCAGAAUCAGUGGGGUAGCAGUUCUCAGUUUGAUGCUGCUCCAAGAGGUCCACUGCCUACAAAUUUUACACCAAGAGGACCAUCUCCAUUCCAACCAAUGGGUCAGAGAGGUCCUCCUCAUCAGAUAUUUGAUAAUUCCAUGAAUUCAUUGCCCCCCCAGCAUAUCGGACCAAGAGGCCCACCUCCAGGGCCCCCACCACCCAGGCCACCUCCCAGCUUCGAUGGACAAAGGUUUAAUGGGCCUCCACCCCCUUUUAACUUCUCUGCACCCAGGGGCCCACCUCCACCAUUUCCUGGUCCCCCUCCAAAUCACUUUGAUAAUAGAGCACCACCACCAUCCCACGUCCCUGGGCCAAGAGGCCCACCUCCACUUCAUAACAUUGGGGAUCGUGGCCCUCCAUCUAAUAUGUCAAGAGGGCCUGGUGAUCAAUUUGAAGAUGGUGGAAACUCAUAUCAUCAGAGAAUGGAGAAGCCCCAGAUACCUUCACAAGGGCCUCCUUUUAGGGUACCACUGCCAAACCACUUUGAUGGACGAAGAGGACCCCCUGGACCUUCAGGUGAAAUGUCGGGACAGCAAUUUCCACCUCCAAACCAAUUUCGUGGUUCACCUCAACACAGGGGAUCAUUUGAGGAACCACGGGGAACUUCAUCUCAAGAUUUUGAAAAGCACCGGGGACCAUCAGUGCAGCAGUUUGGUGGCCUGAGAGGUCCACCACCAGGACAUUACGAUAAGGAACCUGUUGGUCAGCCAGCACGAUUUAACUACAACGAUGAUACCCCAAGUGAUGUUCGAGAUGUUAGACCUGUUCGUGGACCUCUGCUUCCGACACCUUCUGAAGGUCCCAUACCAAUACAAGGCCGUAUAGGUGGACACAGCCCAGACAGCCACCGUGAUGACCACUGGAGACGGCACUCCCCUGAAAUGAGGAGGCGAAGCUGUUCCACCAGAGAUAGUUCAGAGCCACAUAACCGUCCGAGUAGAUUUGAUGGUGGUUCCCGUGAUAGAGAUGCCUCCUCAAGGUUAUCUGAAGAGAGACAGCGCGAUUUGUCUGAAGAUAGGAGGAGAGACCGAGAUCGAGAAGGUGGACAUGGUGGACGAUCAUGGGGCUGGAACAGGGAGCAUGAGUAUGACCGAGGUAGAGAAAAGGAUCGUGAAAGAGACCGGAGCAGAGAAAGAGAUAAGGAGCGGGAGCGCGGCCGCAGCAGGGAAAGGGAGAGCGAACACAGUAGAGAGAGGGAUCGCAGUAGAGGCAGAGAGUCUGACCGAUACAGAGAUGGAGAUGGAGACAAGAGGAGAGACCGAGAUCGAGACAGAGACCGUGGCAGGGAGAGGGAGCAAGACCGAAAAGACCAUGACCGAGACAGAGCAAAGAACAGAGACAGAGAAAGAGACCGUGACCGAGAUCGAGACAGCAGGGACAGGAGAAGAGAACGCUCAAGGAGUCGUGAACGAGAACGUGGAAAAGAUCGGGACAGAAGAGAUCGGGACAGAGAACGGGACAAAGACAGAGGCAGAGACAGACGGGACAGAAGCAGGAGCAAAGAAAAGAAAGAUGACAAAAAAGAAAGAUCUGACAACUCAAGGGCAAAGUCUAAAGAAUCUGAAAACCCAUCAUGAAAGUCAUUCAUCUUAAAUGUUGACUGACAAUUUUUUUCUUUCUAAAUUUGCAUGGGUUUGAAUGUUGCGCUUGAAGGUCUCUUUUUUUGUACUCUUUUCUUGCUGAAUAUUUUAUGCUUUUUAUUUACAAGGCCUUGAUGUUGAUAACAUCUUCAGGUGUACUUCUUAUGUGAUGAUAAUUUUGUCAGAACAACAUGCACUCUCCCUGCAGUUCUAUUUUAAAGAAAAAUAUGGAAAACUUCACAGUUAAGAAUAAAACAAGACAUGUAAAUAUGUAUUUGUGUAUAUACAGGUGCGUUUUUUAAUUACUUUUUUCUAAAUAGAGAAGUCAUAAGCCAUAUAGGUUUAAAAUUAUGUUUAAAGGAAAAAAAAUGUCUUCAAAAGAAGGUCUUUGUAUGGUAAAAGCUUAACCAGCAUUUAAUGUGUCUGAAGGCUAUUGUUAAUGAUUGACCUGAAGCCACUACAUAUGUUCAUUUCAAUUGUUCAAUU